UUUUUUGUUUGCAGUGGAAACAAUUUCUCGCCGCUCGGCGCGCCCCGGCCCCGACGCGCCGCAGCGGAGGCGAGCGGGAGGCGGGACGGGGCGUGGAGAGCGGCGGGGCCGGCGGGAGGACGCGGCGCCCGCGGACGCUCGCUCGGGGCCCAUGCCGCGCCGCUCCCCGCACCCCUGUCGCCCGCAUCCGCGGCCACCCCCCGCCGCCCGCCCAGGGCUCGAGCGUCCACUGCGGGACCCCGAGCGAUGCCCGCUGGGCGCCAGCGAAACUUUGUCGGCUGCGCUGAAGGCAGCGGCGGCCCGGCGCCGCGCUCGGCCAGGAGCCUUCACGUAAAUGGGUCCAGUCAUGCCUGCCAGUAAGAAGGCCGAGAGCUCAGGAAUCAGUGUGUCCAGUGGACUGAGUCAGCGUUACCGGGGCAGCGGUUUCUCCAAGACCCUCCAGGAAGACGAUGAUCUCGACUUCCCUCUGCCUGACAUCCGAUUAGAAGAGGGGGCCAUGGAAGAUGAAGAGCUGACCAACCUGAACUGGCUGCAUGAGAGCAAGAACUUGCUGAAGAGCUUUGGGGAGUCGGUCCUUAGGAGUGUCAGUCCUGUGCAGGACCUAGACGAUGACACCCCGCCAUCCCCUGCCCACUCGGACAUGCCCUAUGAUGCCAGGCAGAACCCCAACUGCAAGCCCCCCUACUCCUUUAGCUGCCUCAUAUUUAUGGCCAUUGAGGACUCUCCGACCAAGCGCCUGCCAGUGAAGGAUAUCUACAACUGGAUCUUAGAACAUUUCCCGUAUUUUGCAAAUGCACCUACUGGGUGGAAAAACUCAGUGAGACAUAAUUUGUCAUUGAAUAAGUGUUUCAAGAAAGUGGACAAAGAGAGGAGUCAGAGUAUUGGGAAAGGGUCAUUGUGGUGCAUAGACCCAGAGUAUAGACAAAAUCUAAUUCAGGCUUUGAAAAAGACACCUUACCACCCACCUCCUACCCCUCAGGCUUAUCAAAGCACAUCAGGUCCACCCAUCUGGCCGGGCAGUACCUUCUUCAAGAGAAACGGAGCCCUUCUGCAAGUUUCUCCAGGAGUGAUACAAAAUGGAGCGAGGGUUCUGAGCCGAGGGCUGUUUCCUGGUGUCCGGCCGUUGCCAAUCACGCCCAUUGGGAUGACGGCAGCCAUAAGGAAUAGCAUCACCAGUUGCCGGAUGCGGACUGAGAGCGAGCCGCCAUGUGGCUCCCCAGUGGUCAGUGGCGAUCCCAAGGAGGACCACAACUACAGUAGUGCCAAGUCCUCCAAUGCCCGGAGCACCUCUCCCACCAGCGACUCCAUCUCCUCCUCCUCCUCAGCCGACGACCACUAUGAGUUUGCCACGAAGGGGAGCCAGGAGGGCAGUGAGGGAAGCUUCCAGAGCCAUGAGAGCCACAGUGAACCAGAGGAGGAGGACCGGAAACUCAGCCCGAAGGAGGGCAAGGAUGCCCUGGGGGACAGCGGAUACGCAUCCCAGCACAAGAAGCGCCAGCACUUCGCCAAGGCCAGGAAGGUCCCCAGCGACACACUGCCCCUCAAAAAGAGACGCACGGAGAAGCCGCCGGAGAGCGACGACGAGGAGAUGAAGGAGGCGGCCGGUUCACUCCUGCACUUAGCAGGGAUCCGGUCCUGUUUGAACAACAUCACCAAUCGGACGGCCAAGGGGCAGAAAGAACAAAAGGAAACCGCAAAAAAUUGAAACAAGUCUCUGAUUUGUUUUGAACUUAUGGCCAUUUGGUUUCAGCAUGUCAGGAGAUUUCUAAUGAUUUGUGGCAAUAUCAGCAAUUUUUUUUCUUUUUCUUUUUUUUUUUUUUUCUUUUUUCCUUUUGUUGGUUUGAUUUUCUUUUCUUUCUUUCUUUCAUUUUUUAAUUUGCCCCCCACUCCUUUGUUUUUGGACCCUUAAGAAUUUUCUGUUUAAAGGAGAUUGAAGCCAUAGAAACUCAUAUUGACACUCAGCCGUUUUACAAAAGCUUUUCUUUAUCCGAAUACAAAAACCGAAAGGAAAAAAAAAAAAGCCAAAAUUAAACCAUUGCUUCCUGCAGCCUGUCAGAAACCUGUGGCUAAACCCACAGGGCUGUCCAUGUUAAUGCCACAGGAACACCAAGUACUACCUAGGAGGCAUGCACGCGCACAGUCAUCACUGCUCAGCCCAACCCUUAGGUUUAAAAAGUCAGUUGUGUUUGGAGUGAGGCUGGGAAGCAGUUGCAGAGACUGAAGAGCCCGUGUCCCCUAGGAACAGAUUAUCCCCUAGGGGAUAACCCCAUGAGCUGGCCCUGGUAUCCCACAGUACCACAAAUGCCAUCGGCCUUGCUGUGUGGCAAGCCCAGGGCCUGGCUGCCAGUCUUCUGUGUUUCCUAACCCUGAGCCUGGUACCAUCUCCCUAGUUGCAUACCAGACUGUUCAGGUGUAUUAGGUGUCAGUGACUGAGGAGGGGAAACAGGGAUCGUUAGAGCCAUUGAUAACCACUGAAUUCUGCUCUAUGUUAAAUUAAGAAGACUUCCAAAGCCAUAAGCCUGAAGGUUGGUCCAGUGUGUGUGUGUGUGUGUGUGUGUGUGACACACACACAGACACACACAACUUAAAGGUGAUGCAGAAAACAGGCUGUGCCCUCUUAACUGCCUAAGGAAAAGCAAUCAUGCCCAAGAAAUGACAGUAGCUGUUAGAAAAGAAAAAUGGUACAGAUUUUUUUCCUCCUAAAUAAUCUGAUCCAAGUUGGGGCGGGGGGGUGCUACAGAAACUGCCAUUAGUAUUAUGGUGUCUUUUUAUGAGAUUAAAGGCACAUUGAUGGACUCAAAAAAAAAAAGCAAAAACAUGACAAACAAUCCAACUCCUGUACUGUCCUCAAAAAGGGUUUGCAGUUAAUAUCAGUGCUCAUUUUUGCAACAACAACAACAACAACAACAAAAAAGCAGAACAGAUCAGUGACUUUCACUUCAGCCAGUGUAGCCAGCAGAAAUUUCUGAUCCACAAAUGCAUGGAUUCCUUUGAAGAAAAAAAAAAAAAAGAAAAAGAAAAAAAAAUCACAAAAACAAACUUUUUUUUAUUCAAAAAUAACAAAGUUCUUGUAAGGUAAAUAAUGUAUUUAGCAUGAAGCAUGAAUUAUUUUCAUAUAAAUAUAGAGAAUAGAGAGAAGACUAUGCCUCUAAUUUUUAAGCCCUUAAGCUUAGAGGCCCUUUGUUCUUUUUCUUUCUUUCUUUCUUUUUCCUUUUCCUUUCUUUUUUCUUCUUCUUUUUUUUUUUUUUUUUUGUUGUUAUUAUUUUGUUUGGUUUUUUUUUUUAUUUUUAUUUUUUGAAGCAGGUGUUUAAGGUUUAACCUUCUUCAGGGACAAAUUCUGACUGUUGGGGAACUUACUCUGCAAUAUAAAUUAUCUUCAUGCUCUGGUAGGGGCUUGGAUGGUUGAGCUCUAUACUGCCUUGUCUGCACUCAGCCCCGACCCCCUCUGAUUCUCUACUGAAGAGUGUGUCCUUCCCUAUGUCUGUAUGUGUUUAACAUGACGCAAUAAUUCGAGGGUAAACUUAGUGUGUACGAUAGAAUCGAGAGAGUUAUGGGACGCUUACUUGAGGAAAAUCCUUACCAUGAUCUGGUUCUAGGAAAAAGGCAGUGAAUAAUUAUGCAAAUUAGCUAGAAGAAGGGGAUACACGCUAAUGGGCCUUACUGGGUGAGAGUAAGAGAUGGGUACAUGGGUAGGAGGAAGUACGCCAUCAAGGGGUUGGAUGGAGCAGCCCCGAGCGAGCGAGCGAGCGUUCUACUGUGACAGUGUGAUUGCGCAGUGAGAAGGGGGCUGGCCAUCUCUGCCACUUCAGCACAAUAACCACCUUGGGACUAAGACCACCUAGAUAGUGAGAGCUGAACAACAACCAGACCAUGUCACACAAGCCAGAAAUUCCAGUUACCUUUGCCAAAAAAAAGUAUUUCCUUGAGGUCUAAACGAGAAAUCCCUAAAACAAUAUGGCCUCCCAUCCAAAUGGAGGGAACGUUUAAAAACAAAAAUACUACCGUGGCUCAGGGUCAGAUGUUUGGAAGAGAAAGGAAGCUAAAGUGACCUUGAACUCUUGAAACUGGGCAGUAGUGGGCCUUUAAAGCUGUGUGUCCACCUGUCAGUACCAGGUACCAUGGCAACCAGGGCAGCCUGGAAGGCUAUCUGGUGCACUUCCCCCCUGCCUCACCUGAGGGCAGCUUUUGGGUGGGAGGGGACACCCACUUUAGGGCAGGCUAGAUUUACCCGUAGCCUGGUCUCUCUCAGCGUGAGGGUUCAGGGUUAGACGAGAGCACAGGUGUGUUCUCCACAAACCUCUGGCACCCAACAAGCCAUCCACAGCUCUGGAACCCUGAGCCACGCUUUGGUUUCUGCUGUCAGCUUACCAAGUCCAAAAGACCCCCACCCCCACCCCCAAGAUGUUCAAACUCAGACCUGAAGGUAAAGGUGAGCACUCGGCACUGUUUCUGGCAGGGGGCUUCUUCCGAUGAGAACCCCACACGGGCUGUCUCCCCUCGGUUCAUUUUUUCUGAAGGGGCAGAGGUCCCCUUUCAGAGAUAACAAGAUGCAGUGUGUGUGUGAUUUACUUUUCUGAUCUCGCUGAGAUCUGGAAAACUAUCUUAUACAAGUGUGUUCUGAACCCCAGAACCACUCCGUUUGCAUAAAUACCUCAUCGGGCAGCUUUCUAAGUGUUAUUUUCCUGAGCCUCCCUUGGCACCUUUGUUGGAAUUUUCUGGAAGACUUGUUGGGGAAACUUUAGUAAGGGUAAUUUUUUUCUAUUUUCCUUCUGUUUUGGGCAGCAUACACAUUAUGCAUAACCAAAACAAUGGCUCAAUUGUGUUUAACUCUGUAUUUUGACUGUUGAGGCGAAAACAAAGUCAUCAAUGUGUAUGUGGCUGUUUGUAGCGAAGUCUGCCGAAUGAGGCUGUCCGUGUCCUUAACAAGCCAAGGGGCAGGAGGCACCCUCUCUUUCCCCUCCCCCAAGAGCAGUAGAGAAUUUAAGCACAAGCCUAUUUGUGAAAGAAUAUUUUGUUUAAGUGUAAUUCACUUUAGUGUUGGACUUCCUUCCCAAAUGUCAGGUGUUCUUUUAGCUUUCAAACUAGCCUGUGUAUCCAUUAGUCUGACAGAUCGCCUGAGCAUCAUUAAAGGGGUGUGGUGUUUUGUUUUGUUUUUUUUUUUUUCCUUGCAUUUCUCCUGUGGGGAGAAGUGGCAGUUCAUGUGUCAUUCCAGUAUCUCACGGACUCACAUGGGGUGGGGGGAGGGGGAAGUGGGGAACUAUAGCAAUAUUUACAGAUGCUUUGGGAACACAUCAGCACCACGACAUAACUGCUGGCUGUCAGCCCUCGGACACAUUUAAGAGAAGAGAGACUCUCUUUUCUUAGGUGAUGCUCACAUCCACGUGUUUUACCCCGUUCCUGACGGUCUUUCCUCAUUCUCUAGUACUUUUUGGAAAGGGUCUGCACCGUACAUAGGUGUUUUUUGUUGCUGUUGUUGUUUUGUUUUUUCUAAUACAUAUCACCAAGCUCAUAUUUCCUCUUCAUCUCCAGUCAGUAUGUUUUUCAGGAGUUCUUUUAGUAAAGCUGGCUCUCUGAAACUAAAGCUGAACCAAACCCACAUGCGGAUUGUGGCGUAAGGAACCUGUGCUCAGGAUGACUGGGGCAGGGCUCCAUCUUGGGGCUGAGUCUUAAAAGGAGGGAUGGGUUGGCGCCCUUUCCCAAGAGCGGGUUUUUCCUGUAAAGUCACUAGCCUGUCUAGUGCCUCCUGUUCAUAACAGUUCCUACCACGGAGCCUUCUUGAAGGACUAUAGCAUUCUGUGGCACCCGAGGAAGAGAUGGGGUGGUUUUGGUGCCGAGAGUCCCAACACAGCAGGCCCAUGUGCAAUGUCCCAAGCCACCAAUUUGGGUUUUAUUGAUGCAACUCCAACCUCUGGACUCAACGUUGGGGGGUGGAGGAGCUUAUGACAUGAUGCCAGAGCCAGAGUUAGGGACGAGUGACCGGAAUGGGGAGUUUUCCCAUAUGUGGUAUUAGACAAAAUUCAGUGUGAUUUCUCUUUGCCCUUUCAAACCUUAUUCAGGUUGGGACUCAUUUCUUUCUGGUGGAUCACAGCUGCCCAGAUGUGUAGAUUGAACGCUAUGUUCUAUAGAGAAGUCCUUUUCUUUCAUCUUCAGCAGGGUUUUUAUUUUAUUUUUAUUUUGCCACCAAAAGAAAACAUUGGAACAUACGUCCCCUCUUGAUUGUGACUUUCCAGUGUUGACAGUUCAGUUCUUUGUGUUGUAGGUCCCAGCCCACCAGUACUAUAUCAAACACUGUUAGGCACAUGAUGCAGCACUGUGAUCUAAUUUAAAUAAUACUUUUUUAUUAUUUAUACUACUAUAUAUAAUAUACAUCAACACUUUUGCUAUAUAACCUAAGUGACAAACAACCCCUUUUUCUGCUUACCUGUCAGACUCUAGACUUCGGUUUCUAUUGCAGUUAACACAGUUACAGAAUUGUAAUGGUGUCUUGGGUUUUUUUGUUUUUUGGUUUUUGUUUUGUUUCUUUUUUUUUUUUCCUUUGUAACGGAAUGUGUAAAUCAAAGUAUAUACAUUGUGUGGUGUUCCUGUUUCUUGGGAUGUCAUGAGGAGUUGCACACAGCAUUCAGUGUUCUGUAUAGACCUGCCCACCUUUGUGAAUUCAUCUGUUAACUCCUCCUCCUUUGAGAGCGCGCCAGCCACGGUGGCUGACUCCCAGCGUCCUCUCUCCUGCUGGCUAUUCUUGAAUUAAGCACAGACUCGUCCACUCGGUUGCUUUAUCAUGAAUAAUGGGUGUGACUUGGUCACUCUUCUACCCUUCAGCAAACAAGUGCUAGCUUCACUGACCAAAAAUUAAGGAAGGAAAACACCAUUUUUAAAAUGAUCCACCUUUUUAUGGCCGAGACGGAUGUUAGUCUACGGUGCUGCCUCGUGCUGUCGAGCCUCCGGAACGAGCCCGCUGUGGAAUGACCAUUUCUGACUUGGUGUGGGAUGCUCACAAGUACCCUUCCUGUCUCGUUAGUAUUGGAAUCAAGACUCUUUAUUUGGACUCUAUUCAGCAGUGUUCCUCCACUGUGUUGCAUUUGCAAAAGUAGAGAACAUGCCUUCUCCACCCUUUUGCAAAUAAUUGAUACUCCAUAUUGGAUUCUCAAAAGACUUCGAUAUGGUGAUCCUGUCAAACCUAGAAAUUGUGUUAUCUUUUCAUACCUGACUUCCCCGUUUCUCCUGUUUUAGAGGAAACAGCACACUUUUGGUUACAGACACAGUUGCUAUUUCUAGAGUAUGUGUGUUGAAGCCAUCCAAGGUCAUAGCUGGCUCAGCCAGCCUCACUCCAUCGUUCUCACUGCCUGUCCUGCCAUGGUGAACAUGGGGAGAGAAGAAGAAUCGGUGUGUGUGUCUGGGAAACAGCUACAUAGACGUUUUGUUUUUUAUUUUUACUACUCUUGAUUCUGUAACACUUCUGAGUUUUGUUCUAAUUUUACAGAAAACAAGACCACAAUGAUAAAGCAGAAGACCACAUGGUUUGUGGCUGAAUCUUAGGGUCACCUGACCUUUCCUGGCCAACAGGUCUACGUGGCCAAAUUAAUUUACAAGAGUAAUAAUUUCUUCAGAAGCCAAUUUUGUUUCUGUAUUCCUGUAUAAAACUGCCAAUAUCAUGAAGAGAAGGGGAGAACCGGAAAGGAGAAAGAAAACAGAUGUUCGGUGGUGUUUGCGUUAGCCUAAAGCAGCGGUGUGGAGAUGGCUCCAUCAGCCGAGCUCCAGGGACUUGGUGUUGCUUGGGAGGGAUCCAUACAGCAUUUUGCGUUCUUCAUGUGUAAUCAUAUUGCCAAAGACAAACUACUUCAUCAUUUAUUGUAAAUAACACUUCCCCAGACCUACCAUAAAGUUUCUGUGAUGUAUUGUCUUCCAGUUGCAAUAAAAAUUGAGUUGCAUCAA